GGACACAUAAUCCAGGUAAAUACGUGGUCGUGUUCAUUUUGCUGAGCAGUGGACCGAGCCAGCCGCUGGCCCCAGCAAUUUAUUCCCACACUCUUGGACUCCCGCCAUGUCAGUCACGCUUCACACCGACCUAGGCGACAUCAAGCUCGAGCUCUUCUGCGCCGAGGUUCCCAAGACAUGCGAGAACUUUCUGGCGCUGUGUGCAUCUGGAUACUACGACGACACCAAGAUCCACCGCAACAUCAAGGGCUUCAUAGUGCAGAUGGGCGACCCGACAGGCACAGGCAAGGGCGGGACGUCGAUCUGGGGCCGUAAAUACGAGGACGAGGUCCGGUCGACGCUGAAGCACGACCGACGUGGCAUGGUCAGCAUGGCGAACUCGGGGCCAGACACAAACGGCUCGCAGUUCUUCAUCACGUAUGCUCGCCAGCCCAGCCUCGACGGCAAAUACACCCUGUUCGCCCACAUUAUUAGUGGUGAGGAGACACUGGCGGCGGUCGAGCGUGUGGCGGUCGAUAAGAAGCACAGGCCGGUGGAGCCGAUUAAGCUCAAAUCCACCACGAUCCAUGCUAACCCGAUCGCCGAUCCGAGUGUCGUCGCUGUGUGAAAUAAAAAAUCAGGACACACCCACGUUUGGUUUCCGACGCUUUGUUCUUUUCUCUUCCUUUACACAGAAAAUUAUUUUUCCCCAUUC